AUGGGGAGUAUCAUGAAACUAUAUUACGAGUGGGAAAUCCAGGUGCUUGUGCUCCUUAGCUUCAUGCUACAAAUGUUCCUCUUCUUCGCCGGCAGCCUUCGGCGGCGUGGCAUCAACUCGUUUCUCAGGUUCUUCACUUGGAUAGCUUAUCUGGGCGCGGACUUAGUGGCAGUUUACACCCUGGGCUACCUCUCGGGCCAUGAGGAUGCCACCACCGGACUAUCUUUCUUCUGGGCACCAUUUCUUCUCAUCCAUCUUGGUGGGCAGGACACCAUUACUGCUCUCGCCAUGGAGGACAACAAGUUGUGGUUGAGACAUUUACUGACCCUGUUUAUGCAAGUUGUCCUAGCUUUAUAUGUUUUCUGGAAGUCCAUUGACAAACACGGCGUGGAGCUUCUAGUUUCGGAUGUCUUUGUGUUUGCUGCCGGAAUUAUCAAGUAUGGAGAAAGGGUAUGGUCUCUCAAGUGUGGGAGCUUUGAAACCCUCCAGGGUUCCACUGGACAACAGUACAAGCAACAGGUGCCGGGAGAGGUUGCCGAGGAUCCCUAUUCUCACAUUGUUUGCGCUGUCCUGCAUCGUAUGCCACGUGUCUUUCGAAUCUUUACAGCACGAUCAGGUGAUAGCGGUAACGUUAUCCAACAAACCCCAAGCAAUUGGGUGAAGCGGAUGAGGCUCGAGCUUGGCAUGAUGUACGAUGAUCUGUAUACUAAGUCCUGUGUGCUCAGGACAAGGAGUGGCAUCAUAUUGCGAUGCAUCUCUCAGGUGUCUGUUCUGGUUGCCUUGGUGCUCUUCCUCACGAGCGACAAACGGAGGUACAAUAGAGCCGACAUUGCAAUCACCUGGUCGCUCUUCGUAGGAUGCUUUUUGUUGGAAGUAUGUGCCACGUUUAUUUUGAUAAUGUCACCAUGGUCCUGGGCGUGGUUGAAGAUGCGAAGGUGCGGCAUGCUUGCAAAGUUGUCCUGGUUUCUCCUGUGCAGUGGCAUUGGAUGGCCAGAGAGGAAGCCAUAUCUAAAUUCAAUUGGGCAAUACAACUUCCACAGGUGGUUGGAUUCAGGCAGCGACCAGCCAAGGUCAUAUAGUCGACGAGCAAUGACCACGGUGAUCAAAAGCUUGGUGAAUUUGGUUGGUGUCAAAGAGGAUAAAAUGUUGUUCUGGAUGAGCAGGUUGUUAGACACCGAGCACGUGGAGGCAGAUAAGGAGACGAUGGAGUGUGUUGUCAAGGGAAUUACUGACUUCCAUGCUGAAAUCAACAGAGAUCCCCGGCAGUGGCCAAAACUUGGCGGCAUAGUGCAAGAGCUACAAGACAUUCGUGAAGAUUUUGGUGGAAAGGUUGCUUUAGUGCAUUUUAUCACAGAGGCACACUUGAGGAAAUAUCCUCUUCACCCUCCUUCGGACAUGGAGACAGACACAGGUACCAGCUGCAGUGUCUUGGUGGAAGUAUGCCGGAAACUAUCCAACUACAUGGCAUACCUUUUGGUUACCCACCCUUCGCUGUUGCCGCUCAAUGACAGCGCCUUAUAUACGCUGGAGAAAAUGGCACACUUGUUUCCACAUCUUAUAGAUGAGCAGCAGGAUUCUGAAGGUUUCUUCAGCAUCGAGCCAAGCAUGGAAACACUGCAGGAGUUGGUAGACAUAUGGACCAAGCUGCUCAUCUAUGCGGCCACCAAGUCCCGGCCGGAGCUGCACGCGGCGCACUUGGCCAGAGGAGGGGAGCUUAUCACCUUCGCCUGGCUGUUCUUGAGCCACAACUUUUUGGGAGAUUCCGAGGUGAUCAAGGUGCAGCUUACCAAUGCCAAUCAAAGAGGGACGAUAGCAUACGUCUUCGGAAAUCCUGCACCAAGAUAA